AUGAGUAAACACCCGUCCGUCUCGAUUUGGAAUACUACGGAUGACAAUAACACAAACUCAACCUUUGACCUAGACGAAGACGACCUGUUUGCUGACCGCUUUGCAUCUUCGAAAAACAACUUCACUUCACCGACACCGAAGGGCAACUGGAGUGAUAAGUGGACGAAGUUGAUGAAAUUCGAUGGCAGUUCUAAGAAAAAUGAACCUGGCCAACUGUCUUAUACAUCACCUAAACUCCCUAACUUGAGAAGUGUUCCCGUAAAUUCUCAAAGAAGCAAGUUCAUAACCUCUCCUAUUGAUCUCGAACAACCGAGAUCGCCUUCACCAACGGAGCAUACUCGAUUGCAGAAACAUGCUCCUGCGUCACCCAUGCUUGAUUUCCUGAAUGACAGGUCCAAGAAGACUAUCAUGCAAUCUCCAGAUGUCUACAAUGUCUCCACUAGUUCUGAAGACGAUGUGUUGCUGAAUCGCACAGUUAGGAAGUCUCCGGAUUACACGAGUGCAGAAACCUCAUGUAUUGAUAAUGAUUGUGAGAAAGCCGACAAUAACUACAACACAGGCGACAAAUCACCUGGAUCUGUCAGUUUAAGUGACAACUUUGAGUGUCUGUACAACCGUCUUAAAAAGGAGGCAAGUGAUUUAGAAAGCUGGAAAUGUAACACUUUGUCUCAGUUGGAAGGAAAGUGUCGAGAAUUGGAGUCGUACGAAUCACUGGUGGAAAACCUGAGGAGUGCAAAUGUGGAACUUCAAAUAAAUCUGGAAAAUAUGAGUUUGAAAUAUAAAGAGGAGGUUGAGUUAAGAGACAACGUGCUGGAAAGGUUCUCGUCAAUUCAGAGUCAAAGUAGUGCACUCGAAGAAAGAGUCAAGAAGUUGGCUGAGGCCAGCAUGACAGUAAAGAGUAGAGUUUUCCAGUCAGAAGAAUUAUAUGACGUUCUUCGGAGAAAUUACGAAAACAUCAAGAAGGAGUUUCUCGAACAUUCAGAGACAUGUUUAGCAAAAUACAAGGAAUUUGAGGACACAAUUGAGAGUAAAAAGUGCGAUGUAGAAGCGCUGCAACAAAGAAUAAUUCAGUUAGGCGAUGAAAACAAAUGCUUGGAAGAAGAACUUAUCCUCUGUGAUCGGAAACAUCAAGAGGAAAUUAUUCAACUGCAGAGGGAGAUCGAUGGACUGAAUACUGAUAAAAUUGAGUUAAAACAGAUAGAAGAAAACAUCAAAUGUAGCAAUGAAGAGUAUAAAUCACUCAUCAAAAGUCUGGAAAGCACUAUAGAGGACGAAAGGGCAAUGAGAAUAAACGCUGUCAAAUUAUCGGAAACCAAAGAGAAAGAACAUGAAGAUCUAGUGUGUCUGCUUGAUGAACACCAGCACAAAUGCAGGUUGAGAAUACAGUUCUUGGAUGCUUCGAAACAGAAGCUGAAUUAUCUCUGUGACCAGGCGGACAAGUCACGAUUUCACGUUAAGUCUAUGAUCGAUAAAAUAAGCAAUAUGAUAAAAAGCCUUUCCACAUUUCAGGAAAAUCAACAUCUCAGGAAUGAAGAUACAUUUCAUACAUUAACUAUGGUGAAAGGAAAAGUCGUUGAGUCGAAGAAAGUACUAAACAACAGAUCGCUGAUUAUGCAUGAUUUUGAGUCGAACAUAUAUAACAUAUGCGCUGACCUUGUGAUGGAAAACCAUCUUCUAUGUAUUGAUCGUGAGAACUCAGUCAUUCUGAGAAGGAAGGUCACGGAAUUAGAGAAGGACACUGAAUGCAUGUAUAAAAGGCAAGAUAACAUGAGAGCAGCUCUUGAGAAGUGCCAGAUAUUUAAUGAAAAAUUGCAGCUUGAUAACGAUGAGUUGCAUUCGAAACUGACGUCUGAGAAACAGAAGUACGCUGAAGUCCAUGGGAAUCUUUUGAAGUCAGAGGCCUUGGUCAAACUUCUAGAAGAACAAACGAAAAUGAUUGAAGAGGAAGUGAAGGAAAUGAGAACAAAGUUCUCUGAAGUCAAAAAGGAACUGGAAGAGAAGAGGUAUUUUUCAGAAUUCGAUCUACAUAAUUCUAGGGCUAAUUGUUCAAAGUUAAAAGAGAAAAUGGAGGCCUGCGAAAUCAGAUACAAUGAACUGAAGUUGACUGAUGAGGAAAACCGAAAAGCUCUAAACCUAGCACAUUCUGAAAUCAAGGUGAGGAAGAGAAGAACAACAAGAGAAUUAAAAAGUCAAUUGACACUUCUCAAUCAAGAGAAACAGGAGCAUAUUUUGAAAGAAAUGCAGUUGUCUAACAAUAUAAAUAAUCUCACAAUGCAACUGGAAUAUUCACAACAAGAAGUCGGACAGCAGAAGUUAAGAGAGAAAUCCAUUCAAGAGCAAAAUCAAAGACUCGAAACUAUGAAGAAUCAGUUACAGAAACAAACUGAUGACCUGACCAAUGAGAUAUUGUCGUUGAAGGAGAAGUUGAAUCAAAAAGACCUUGAACUGAAACAGAAACAGGAUGAUAUCGACAGUCUAAAGAAAACAAUCGAUGUAAACACCAUGGAGAGCUCAGAAGGGAAUAAGGAGUUGGUCAAGAAAUUGAAUGAAUCCCUGAAUCUAAUUGACCAGAUUGGAGAACAAACAAUGCAAGUGAAUCGAAAUAAGGGUAUGAAUGAAAUAACAGCUACGACACCGAACAGCAUAUUGAGGCAACCAGGUGCAGGAAUCAAGCGUAGAAGAGUUUCAUUUGCACCAGUUAAGUAUGAAGCUCCUGAUACUACGAUACAGGCUGAUCGAGGUGCUUCAGACGACACCGAUGAAGAAUAUGCACUCACACCUACGGGGGAGACAAGUCCAUCUUUCAUGAAUCCUUCUGGGAAUAGCGAGCUACAGACACUUGAGCAAAUUCAGUUAAUUUUAAGAAUUGAAGGAAUCCGUGAAUGGUUCAAUAUAGUGAACUCUUGUGUUCUACUACGUGAACUUGAUCCACCUUUACCAUCUAAUUCAUCAGUGGAAAUUCAAAUUCGAAUAGGGUAUUGGAAUGUAAAUCAUUUUGGUUUAAGUAAGACUGAGCAUCCGUGA